CAGGGAUUGCUGGGAAGAAGAAGGAGGCUGUCGAGGUUGGGACUUUGGAGAGGGAGGUGUAGGCAGAGCCACAGGCUGAAAGGAAUCAUCCUGAUCAAGGCCGCCAUCCGAAUUUUCACAGUGUGAAGCUGCAGAGAGGAAACUGAUAUCACGUUCCACUUCUCGACUCGGUGAACUCGACACCUGCACCUCAGCCAUGAUGGAAGAUGAUAUCACUGAGGAGAAGGCCAAGCUGAAGCAGGGCCUGGUCAAAGUGCUGCAGUGUGUGGCCACCAUCUCCUCAGCAGCUGCUGUAGUGAACCCCAUUUUUGGUGUCGCCGGCUCCCUGAUCCGGGUGGUGCUGCACCACAUUGACGAUGAGGACAUUCGUACCCUGAAGCGCGAGUUCGCCUCGGUCAACCGGGGGCUGGACCAGCUCUCCCAGAUGAAUCGCUGCACGCUUGUGCAGAUCAAGAAGGAAACGCUGGAUGGCCAGUACAAUCAGGUUGAGGAGAACCUGAAGAACCAGUUCAGGAAGUUCAUGGAGAUGGUGGAGGCACGGCCGGAGCACCGCGAGCGCAAGAAGGACGACUUUGAGGAGAGUUAUGCCAAUGACUUGGGUGACCAGAACCUGCACACGCUGUAUGAUGGGGUGGUAGGGAAGCGGAAGCUCUUCAGUAGACCCAUCCUGGAAGUCUACCUGAAGUACUCGCAAGGCGACCGCCACACAAUGGAGCGACUGUGCACGCGCCUCACCUACCUGUUCUGCAUCGGGCUCAUCGCCCUCAUGGGCUACGCGGCCGUCAUCGGAGACGACGAGGAGGGCCUGAGCGAGGAGUGGGCGGAGAAGAUGGAGCACGUGCAGGAGAAAAUGCAGGAAGCGCUCAGCAGGUGCAACUGAGGAAACACGAAGAGUCGUCUCUGCUUCACCGCCGCUUUCCUUCAUUCCUGCUGCAACUUCCUCCCCUUUUCUCUCCCGAUGAGCACGUCUCCUCUCUGCUCGAAAGCCCGGUCACCUGGCCCGUGUUUGAAACGUCACUAUUGGCUGAUUCCUCAGGUUCAUAGGAAAAAAAUAUUACUGCAGUGGUUUCAGCUCAUGCCAAGAAAAGAUAUAUUAAUAACCAUGGGGUAGAUAUAUUGCACUAAAGAAGAAAUUGCACACGUAAUUAUACAAAAGCAUUAAAAACGGUGUUUUCAUUCCAGGGCAUCAAAUACUCCUGUUCUCAUCUUUAUUGGACACUUUUUUGUAACUUCCUCAGUAGUUUGGUUUCCUUCUGGUUACAGAUUUGGUGCGUUUAGACUCAGACCGCAUUAAAAACUUUACACUAAAAUAAGAUUUUAAAGUUUUCUCCUCGUUCUCCAACCACCAUCCUGGCUGUUGUUUGGGUUUCUGUUCAGACUCAGUGCGAGCUGAACGCUGUGUUCAAAUGUGACGCCACAGAGUGCUUUACAAGGAUCCAUAUUAUAGCCAUAAUCAGCGCUCUAACACAUCUGAUGUGUGUGGGAACAGAAGUAUUUGAAGGCCUUGGAACGAGAACAUCAGCUCCAUAUUUAAUCAUAAUCUAUCGGUGAGCUUCACCUGCAGCGCUUCGAUGCACUUUGAGUAAAUAUGACACUACAUAAAAAUCAUGAGAAACUUCAGAGUUUCAUAUCUGUGGAUCUACUGUGAUAUAAUCCUUAAUAUUAUCAGUCACUCUGUCAUAUGCAAAUGAUCCAAAUAUGUGCCACAGAUAUUUGCGUCUUGUCCUUGUAAAAUUUAUGUUCCAUUAAUGUGCUGCUGCUUCUUUAUUUUCUUUGCCUUUGUGCAGAGAAUAUUUGUUUGGAAAUCUGAAACAUUAAAACACUACAAAUUUUUAACACAGCACUACGUCAGCUGAUAACACUUCACCGUCACAGGAGACGAGAGUGGAACGAUUCUCAGCUCUGAGCAGAAACUCGCUCCCUCUGUGCUCUUUACUGUGCACUAGUCUCAGUCAGGAAACGCAGCGAGUAUACAGAGAGAACAGAGGGCUUCUGUGGGUUUUACAUCUAUUAAACCAUCACUGUGCUUCCUUACUUUAGCUGUCUGUGUCCUCCUCUGACCAACGGUGCCUAAAUGUCCCAUUAGUUUGAUAUUUUUAUUACGGGGGUUUGUUUGAAUCGUGUUAUUUUUGUUUUAAAAGAUUUAUGUUGUUCCUAUAAAGCUGGUGAUAGCAGCAGUGUUCACUGCAUUAGAACAAACUCAGUGUUGAUGGAAAAGUCAUGAAGUAACAUUGGUUAAACCUUUUGGGUCUCGGUUCAUUUUAAAUAUUUUUAUAGCCAUACUGUUCUCUUACUUUCUGUUUCAUGCUAGUUUCUGGUUCUGUUGCAGUGUGCCGUCUUACUGUUACACUAUAUGCUAAAUAAAUAUAGUCAGAAUUUUGUUAAGGUGGGGAAUCUCACGGCGCUCUAAGGCUGGUUUGUAAUGUUGUAAAUAUGAAUGUUGCCUUUUUGUUCUGGAUAUUUGAUGCCUGAUUGUAUAUGCACCAUAAAUAAACAUCAGUUAAUAAUG